GUUGUCUACAGCCCAUUAUCGUAUGGAAAAUACGAGGGAAUAAUUAACAUGAUCUUCAGCAAUGGAUCAGUCAUUGCAAACUCCACAUUAAUGUUUAGGAGUACCAACUACAUACAUUCAAAUUUGAUCAAAAGUACAUUUACCAAUAAUAUCCAAACAUAUCCAUCAAAAACAAUUGACCGAGAUGUCACCUUUCCUGAAGGUCAACUUCCACUUGAGGCCACACUACUUCAAGUAGGACCUUUAACUGCCAUCAUAACGUCCACACCACCACAUAACCCAGCUGUCCCAGCAAUUGCUAACCGAAGGCCCAGGCAGGCAAAUACACCUAAUGAAACUAAUUUAUCUGGCAACAUCACCAAGUUGGAAACCACCACGAUUACUCCUAAACCAAACAAUGGAAUGGAAGGUUCAACUAUUCCUAGAGAAACUACCAAAACAACUAAGAGCAUAAACACCAACAGUAGUCCUGGAGAGACUACCAAAACACCUAAGAGCAUAAACACCUCCAGUAGUCCUGGAGAGACUACCAAAACAACUAAGAGCAUAAACAUCACCAGUAGUCCUGGAGAGACUACCAAAACAACAAAGAGCAUAAACACCAACAGUAGUCCUGGAGAGACUACCAAAACACCUAAGAGCAUAAACACCUCCAGUAGUCCUGGAGAGACUACCAAAACACCUAAGAGCAUAAACACCACCAGUAGUCCUGGAGAGACUAUCAAAACAACUAAGAGCAUAAACACCACCAGUAGUCCUGGAGAGAUUAUCAAAACAACUAAGAGCAUAAACACCUCCAGUAGUCCUGGAGAGACUACCAAAACAACUAAGACCUUAACCACCACCAGUAGUCCUGGAGAGACUACCAAAACAACUAAGAGCAUAAACACCUCCAGUAGUCCUGGAGAGACUACCAAAACACCUAAGAGCAUAAACACCACCAGUCGUCCUGGAGAGACUACCAAAACACCUAAGAGCAUAAACACAAUCAGUAGUCCUGGAGAAACUACCAAAACAACUAAGAGCAAAAACACCACCAGUAGUCCAGGAGAAACUAUCAACACAACUAAGACCUUAAUCACCACCAGAAGUCCUCGAGAAACUACCAACACAACUAAGACCUUAAUCACCACCGGUGGUCCUAUUGCUAUGGCUGGGGGAGCGGGGGUCCCGGGAUGGGGGAUAGCUCUACUGGUUUUAGCUGCACUGAUCUUGUUACUUCUCCUUGUUCUUUUAAUAUUGCUGCUUGUCUGGUGGUGCUGUAGCCAGAGAAACAGAAGUUACAGCACAUACGACCAGAUCAACCACGGGGGAGACAUCCCAAUGUACUCCACACACAGCCGCUUCGACGUGACCAACAGCAUACCCUAUGAGGAAAUGGACGCACCAUCCAAAAACAGAACAGGGACUUACAUAGUGAACAAGUGAGCUCACUAUGAAGUUCUAACAUAAGGAACCUCCAAGCACUAGGGUAAGAAGACCAAAUGAAAUUAUCUUUUGAAGUUAAGUGCAUGGGAUCAAUGAGAAUUCAGUGCACAGUUAUUUUAUUUUGGACAUCUUAAUUGGAAUCAUGUUGGCCUUCUUCUCACUGAAUGGAAUAUCAACUUUUAUUGUAUUUAUUUGGUUCUAAUGUUAUUUUGUUAAUUAUUAACAGCAUAUGUAUUAAUAUUGAUAUAUGGAUUUAAUCAGCAUAUAUGCACUGGGACUAUUAAUUUUGGGUCAACCUUGAUCAACCAUUUUGGGCUCUAACUGGUAAUGGGUUGAUUUUUAUUGUUCAGUCUUUACUGGAGGCAAGCAUCACAUAAAAAAAGAAGAAUGUUGAUCGUAAUAAAAAAGAAAAACACUGUUGAUCGUAGAUUAGUAAAGGAGGCCAAAAAGUGUAUAUCGAUAAGUUGGGAAGCACAAUUCUGCUACAGAUCUGGAUUUCAUCAUUUCUUCUAACCACUGGACAAGAUAUUUUAGGGAUGCUAACAUACCAUAUAGAAAACUAUUCCACAAAUAUCCAACCCAAUAAGUAAAACACAAAAAUAUUAGUAAAUGUAAGUAAAUCAGUAAGAAUCAACUGUCUAGAAAUAUUUGGAGUCACUGUGUAUAGUUGUUAUAAACAUUUUAUUUAAAAUCUGUUUUAAAAUAAAG